GUGGAUAGCCAGGCUUUCUACCAUGCCUGCCCCCCCAACCCGAAACCCCAGCAGAGAGAAGCACCCGCCUCACACACGUCCCCGCCCUGAUCGAAAGGCGAAGCAGCCCACCUUCCCCCCGUCCGUCCUCUCGCUUGCCGGCGCCCCUCAUCUGGUCUCACCUCUGUCCUCCUUAUCCCGGGAGAUCCCUUGCGUCUGCUUGGGAGGCUCGAGGAGAACACUCCCAAGCGGCGUCCAGUUCCCGGCCUUCCACUUUCUGACCUUGGUCACAUGUUGCCUGCUGCCCUCUCUGAUCGGAGCGGGGGAGACGUGGGGCGUGGUGUCGGCCUGUCCGUUCCACUGCGUGUGUCGGAACCUUUCCGAAUCGCUCAGCACGCUGUGCGCCGACAAGGGGCUCCUCUUUGUGCCGCCGCACGUCGACCGGCGGACCGUGGAGCUGCGGCUGGCUGACAAUUUCAUCACGGAAGUCGGAGGAUCGGACUUUGUCAACAUGAGCGGACUGGUUGAUUUGACUCUGUCGAGAAAUACCAUCCACCUGAUUCGACCGAUGACCUUUGCUGAUCUGGAGAGUCUCCGUUCCUUGCAUCUGGACGGUAAUCGUUUAACAAUCGUGGGCCCCAGGGACCUGGCCGGGUUGGUGAAUCUACAACAUCUGAUCGUCAACAACAAUCAGUUGGUCAAAGUGUCCGCGCAGGCCUUUGACGACUUCUUACUCACGCUAGAGGAUCUCGACAUGUCCUACAACAACCUUCGAAAGGUACCGUGGGAGUCCAUCCAGAACAUGGCCAGUCUGCACACUCUGAACCUGGACCACAACCUCAUAGACCACAUCGCGGCAGGAGUCUUUGGAGAGUUGUACAAGCUCGCCAGGCUUGAUAUGACCUCCAACCGGCUCAGGACUCUGCCACCUGACCCUCUCUUUGCAAGGUCCCAGACAGGUGCAAUAAGCCCCACCCCUUACAACGCUGUCAUUAGUCUGAAUUUCGGGGGGAAUCCGCUGCACUGCAACUGCGAACUGUUGUGGCUUCGCCGGCUUAUCCGCCGUGAUGACAUGGAGACCUGCGCCACGCCGAUCCACUUGGCUGCAAGGUACUUCUGGUCCAUUCCCGAGGAGGAGUUUACGUGUGAGCCCCCCCUCAUCACCCGCCACACUCACAAGCUGUGGGUGCUGGAAGGCCAGCGGGCCACCCUGAAAUGCCGCUCCAUCGGCGACCCAGAGCCGGUGGUGCACUGGGUGUCGCCGGACGACCGCAUCAUUGCAAACUCAUCGCGGACCAGCUCGUUCAACAACGGCACUUUGGAUAUCUUGGUGACGGUGGCCCGGGACGACGGGGCGUACACGUGCAUCGCAAUAAACGCGGCGGGCGAAGCCACCGCCACUGUAGACCUGAAAAUAAUCCCCCUUCCUCACCGGGGUGGAGCAGGUGGAAAAAGCGGGAAUAACAACGGGAACAAUAAAAACAGGAACGUAACCAAUGGGAUUUUACGGAUUGAUCCGGGAUCCUCGGAUAUCAGCACGGGGAGAAAUAACGGCGCGGGGCGUGGCGGCGACGUAGAGGAUGGAAAAAAAGACGAGGAAGGCGACUUCGGCGGGGAGCCCGAAGGGGAGAGAAUCGACGACGGGAUCGCCGAGGAUGACGAUGGGGACGAAGGAGACAGGAGGACUGUUGGAGUACAGGGAAUAACGUCCACCUCGGCUCAGGUCCGGUGGGAUUCGGGACGUUUGCCCGGAGCGCACGUUGUGUGGAUGUACCAGAUACAAUACAACUGCACGGCCGACGAGACCCUCAUCUACAGGAUCCUGCCGUCCACCAGUGACCGCUUCCUGCUGAAGAACUUGGUCUCGGGAGUGGAUUACAACUUGUGCGUGCUGGCCAUUUUCGAUGACUCCAUCACAGCACUGGCGGCGACAAAAGUGCUGGGCUGCACCACGUUCUCCACCAAAGACGUUUACCCCGCCUGUAGCUCUCUGCAAGCUCACUUCCUGGGAGGAACGCUGACUAUCUUGGUCGGCGGCGUGGUGGUGGUGACCCUGCUGGUGUUCACCGUUGCGUUGAUGGUCCGCCAUCGCGUGUGCGAUCACUCCGACCACGUCCUGUGUCACAACGGCAACGCCGAGGCAGCGGUCGGGCUUUGCGGUCAGGGGGGAGGCGUGGCGGCGCGGGAUAAAGGAGGGGACGUUAGCGGGUGCUACCAGUCCAACGGCGCUGGCGACAUGAUGAUGGUGGUCCUACCUAAUGGUCUGCCGUCCAAGAGGACCGGGGAUGGCGAAAAGGACAAGGAAGCCGCAGAUUGCGCGUCCUCUCUUCUGCCAAAGCUCCCCCCGAAGCCGAGGUUCAAGCCAAAGGUCAACCUGGAGCAGUUUCUUUCGGCCGGGGGCGUGGUCUCCACCAUGGCGGGGUCGGGAGGGGAGAUGGCCUUGGUUGUGCGGCAGAGGAAGUCGGACCAAGCCCCGCCGUACGGCGCCGAGAGUAACAGAACUCUGCUGGACUAUCCGCCCUCCAUUUCGUCCACCCUGCCCCGGCAGUCACGCUUCAGGGAAGGGCCCAAACCCCGAUUGGAGCGAGAGCUGACCAACCGUGCCAGCUUUUCUCUAGCGGCGCCCCUGAGAGACUCCGAUAUGCUGGCCUGGAGGAUUACGUCCCCCGGCAGAGACAAAUGGAACUCCUCUCAGGCUUAUCAGAGCCCCAUUUCCCCUCUCAAGCCCGCCUGCGGGACGGUCAGCAAACGCCGCCACUCGCUGGACAUGGGCUCUCCCGUCGCCCUGGCGACCGACGCGGCGGCCGCCGUGGCCAAACGCUACGGUGCCAUCGGCUACGCCAAACGGCUGAGCGUGAUCUGGACCAGGCGGAGCCAGUCGCUCCACGGGAUGCUGGUGCAGUGCGCCUCUACCACCAGCACCGGCUCCUCCGCCACCAGCGACGAGGGCGAAGGCGCCGGGCCGUUCGGGGCGCCGUGCGACUUUCGACGCGGAUACAUCCACGCUUACAACACCACCAACUCCAACUCUAACAGCGGCAUCGCUACCGCGAGAGGAACCGCUGGGAAAGAGAGAGUGAAACAGAAAGGCAAGGCCGGAAGAAGCGGCGAAGAGCUGGAGGAAAGCGUCGUGUAGAAUGUUGGCGGAAGGCAAAGACUGCAAAUGACAGAAGGAAGAUUGUAUCGUAACGAGAUAAAGAAAGAACAGAAAUUGAGUUCAAGAAGCAAACAAUCCAUACAGCCUUGAGAGUAAAAUAGCUGCGAGGUGUUCAUGGCAUUGAAAUCAACCACGCGGAAGUUCUCCGAUGACAAAACAAUCCAAGAGGUGAAGCGAGAACAAGGCCGAGAGCUCAGCGUGGAUCCGAGAAAAACCUCGACACUAAUCGAACUCGUCGCAUCCCACACAACAACGCAAAGGUUUGCGCUGGAUCAAGUACCAUCACAGAACUGGAUCAACACCCCGCGGGUGGUUCGGUUUAGGGUUGGGGGGGGGGGGAGUUCCAUGCGGCUGUACUUUGUCAAAGUGCUUAUGGGACUCAGCAAAACAACGAAUGUGACUUCUACACGUCCUCUGUGGCUGAACUUUGGCCAGCCAUGCCUUCGGAUUAUAGGAGCAUAAAUAGCGAGCUGUGCGCACCGGCCAUGAUCAAUCGAUGCGUGCCGGCGCGAGCGCGGCGGGGCACGGACGUUUAUUAAACCACGCGGUCGAUAUGGAUUACAAAAUGGCGGCGGCAUUGGAUGGAACUUUUUCGCCGGCGACGCAAAACCACGCUCUGCUGCUUCCGGCGUGCAUGCAAAGAAGGAUCACGGACAGGAUGUGUGUCAAUGUGCCUGUGUGUGUUUAUGUGAGGAGUUUUAGAGUUCGGCACCUCUGUUCCUGUUUUUUUUUUGUUUUUUUUGCAACACACAGAAGUCUGUAAUUGAAAAAGCUUCGACACCACGAUCAAUCGAAUCACUAUUUCUGUGGCUUGGACUGAAACAUGUUUAAUGUGAGAUAAAUAUGAUGUUGUUUUUUUUUUUUUUUCUUGUUAGUUCAUUUGUGCCACACAGAAUCUCCAUUGAAAUGGUGAAAGUAUUACAAGAUGGACGGAAUGAAAGACAAUGGAAGCCACAAAAGUUGUUUGGACAAAAAAAAAAAAAAAGUACAUAUAUGGUAUAUAAAUAUACUGUAUAUACAUACACACACACACACAUUGAAAUAAUUGUAUUUGUUGCACUAUGUGUUUCUCUUCUUUGGAAUUUUCUGGGAAUGGUGUUAGGCCAGAAAAAAAAAAAAAACAGCAAUAGCGAAAACGAGUCUGGUGACACGAUCAAAAGCGCAAAACACGAAGCACAGACAGCGAUUCCUUUGAAAAGAAACUCUUGCAUAAAUGAUCCAUUUUAAACAUUACCAUUGUUCCCUUGCUUUUUUUUUUUCAUUUUGCCAAAGUCAAUAUUGUUCUCUUGACAUG